AUCUCGGCGAUCUCGCUCGCUUCAUCAGCAACGCGGGAUCCAAAGCACCACGAGCGAAUUUUAUCGUAAAUGACAUCCGAUUGACGUCAACGUCGUCAUUGUCGUCAAUGUCGAUCGCGCGCGCGUGAUACUUGCGCAACAGGGCAACAGGUAGCAUAAAUCGGUGAACCCCGCGACGGGCGCGACGUAAUCCAAGCGGAGGGUUGAGAGGGGGGGAAAAGAGGAGAACAAAGUGGUGUGAUACCUGACCUACAUCAUCAUACAUCGCGUAUCGGCGACACCGGGAUCCGCGUGUGCUGCGUUUGCGUUUUUCAAAGUCAAAUGGCCGUUGUUUCGUGAGGCUCGUGGACCGCGUGUGGGCGUUCUGCCGAGGGAGUGAGUGAAGAAGAGCAAGAAAAUAAAAAGAGGUGGCUACUUGAAUUAGGAUACCCUGUGGAUAGAGUAUAUCAAAGAAAAAGAAUAUUUGAUAAUAUCUGACAUUGUGAAAACAAAUAUAGGAAGUAAAUUGAAUGGUAACGUUGACAGAGAUGUCGAAACGGAUACAGGAGCCAGUGGACCAAUGGCUGGCGAAGGAAGGUUAUUUCAGGAAACCUACUCCCCGAGAUCCGACCUGCUUGUUUAGGGCAAUCAGCGAACAAGUGUAUCAUACCCAACAUUAUCAUCUACGAGUAAGACAAGAAUGCAUCGAAUUUAUGAAGAAAAAGAGACACUUGUUUAGGGACUCCGUACCCGUGUCAUUUGAUUACUAUCUCAAAGAAAUGCAGUGUUUCACGGAGUGGGGAGGCUUGAACGAAAUUUAUGCUAUUUCUCUGCUGUAUAAGAGAGACAUAAUCAUAUUCGUUGGAGAAAAGCAGAUAUGCGAAAAUGUUACCAAUAAUGGGUUUAAGAAAGGCGUUAUACUGCUUUGUCACACGGAGCCCAAGCAAUAUGAGCCCGUUUAUCCGAUGGCUUUUGUACAAUCGGCCGCGUACUGUCAAUCUAUUGUUUACGAAGUUGUAUAUAGGUAUAUGUAUCAAAUACCUAACAUAAAGACUGUUGCGGAUAGAAUGCUACAUAACCGAACCCCUGCGCUUAGACAUGACAGAUUUUUCCAGAAGGGAAAUCUUGACAUUAGGGAGCAAUUGAUUGAAGAUUUAUACAAAAAGGUGAAAGAUGAACAUAGUGACACGGACGAAACGGAAUCCGAUUGGAAGGGAGCACCACCUAUUCCUUAUAAAGUUGCAAAAGCGCUGGCUCCUGAUUAUUAUCGUAAUAUAGAGUUAGACAUAUGGCAUGAAUUGAAACGAGAGGUAAAAUCUGCAGGAUGGAACAGAUAUAACAGUAAUGAGCUUCAAAUUGGCGGCAAAUGUCUAAUAGAAAUUAGCAUAAACGAUCUCGAACAAUGCGAUAGAAAUAACAAUAAGAAUUUGCGCGUUAAUUUACCGGAAUGUGGUACCAGCGAGACUAAUAAUAAAAUUGAGCAACAAAAAUUAAAGCAAGGGCCUCUUUGGCUUCACGGUUAUAUACAGGAAAUGAGUACAGAAAAGGAGCCAGUUCUAGUCUUUAUCAAAGAUCUGGGAGAGAAAAAAUUUGUUCCAUAUGAUGCUCUCAAGCCAUUACCUUCAGUAAAAAAAACUAGGCCGAAAAAUUUUGUACCGAUUAAUAAAAACCACUCAGUUGCUUCAGAUUCAACUCGACGAUGGAAAAAGUCAUAUAAUUCUUUCUCGCGAAAGCGAAAAGAUACCAUAACUAUAAAUGCCAUAACUAUAGAAGAAAUACCAAAUGAUAUAAACAAAAAUGUAUUAAUGAAUAACAAUAAUGAUGGUAAUAAUAAGGUUGAUAAUGUUGAUAUCAACAAAACUAGUAAAACUGGCUCUGACGAACAUCGCGAUGAACUUUCUAAAAUAAACCGAAAUCAAACAUCAGAAAAUCAUUCUAGAGAAAAUACUUCCAAUCGUGCGACAAAUGAAGAGGCUAAUAACUUACCUAUGACAACUACAUUUGAGAAUUCACAAUGCACAGUGUCGAGCAAUGUAACGCAGGAAAUAAUGGAAGAACGCAAAAAACCUGAUACAGUAUUUAGAAGGGUGAACAAUACUACAAGAAAUAAGACUGAAAAAUCCAAUAAUUUUGGAAACAGUCUUCAGAAUUCAAGAUCGAAAUCAAAAGUAUUAAAUGAGAAUUAUUGCUCACCUUACAAUGUUGCAGGUAACUCGCAAAUAAAUAUGUGUAGCAAUCCAAAUGUAUCUUAUGUUGCCCCAGAUAACAGCAACGCAUAUCCCUAUUAUCCAUAUAUGCCAGGAAAUUUCUCGAUAACUGGGGAACACAAUCCUAAUCAAAUAGAUUAUUCAUCAAAUUUAUUUUAUAACUUACAUCUGCUGCAUUUGGAGGAUACUUUCCGUACUUUAAAUCCAACUUAUUACGGACCGAUAAUGUAUGGACCGAGUCAAGGCAUACAAUCUAUAGGCGCACAAUCGAAUACUCAUGUCCCAUAUAUGCAAGAGGAAAUAGAUCGUCUUGUUAAUGACAUGCAAAAUUGUUCGUUAACAUACAAUGAGGGACCAAGUGCCAAUGCUGAGACUCCCAAAGUUUUGCAUUUGAAUAGUGUGCAAAAUGCAAAACAGUCAAAACAAGGACCAAAAAAUUUGAACGGGAAGGACUCCACGUAUCAGAUUCAGCAGAAAGGAAAACAAACUGGAACUGUUAAAGUGAAUAAGAUGCGAAACCGCCAGCACAAUCCUCGCGCAGCGGCAUACUUGCAAUACCCAGGUCAGCAGCAGUAUGGUGCGCCGAAUGGUUCCGUGAAUUCGUAUGACGCGCGAAGACACGAUGUGCACAUGCAACAAUCGCAGCUGCAGCAGCAGCAGCAGCAGCAGCAGCAGCAUCACUGGGAUCCGAUGUCGCAUCAGAUAGCGCCCAUGGUAGCUAGCGCGGCAAACGGUUACGCACCGUCGCAGUAUACAACAUCGAGCCCGAUAUAUCAAUAUCACGAGAUUCCGCCGCACUACGCGAACGAGGGCAACUCGGGGGGUCCCCCGUACUACUUGGGAAACGGCAGUUACGUACCCGUGCCGUACUUAUCAUCUCAGCACGCCGACGCUGUUGAGACCGGAGCUGCCCCUCCAUCAUACCCGCAGCAUUACUAUUCCACGACCGAAGCUUACCCGUCAGGUCACUCUCCAACGAACAGUCAAUCGUUGAUGUACUCGCAGCCGAUGAUGUAUCCACAAUCGAUGCAGUAUCACGCUGUACCGCCGCCAUCGCCACACAUGCAAGAACAAUGGAGCCCGACGUUGGGGCCGCAGUCCUAUAUUCCUCAAUGCGUAGUUCCGCCUGCAGGUCCGGCUCCGAUCGUAGAACCGUCCCCUAACGGACAAUGUACUAUUCCGAAAGGUUCGCUUUAGAUCACAUAUAUUUUGAAGACUGAGGAUAGUUAUAAGAUCGAAUCUCUAUUGCAGUAAAAGUUAAAAACAGUAUUAAUAGUUAAUUCAACGUUCCAUAUACGUUGAAGUAAGAUUCUGAAGACUGAGGGUAAUUUAGAAGAUACGAUAUUCAGUAAAAAUUAGAAUAAUGAUAGAUUAAAAAUAACGAGGAAUAAUUAUAAUAACCACAGAAAAGUUAAAUAUUUUGAAAGAUUAAUACCUAUUUCUAUCAACGCAGGUUAAUUUUGAUCUUGGUUUAACUUACCUGUCAUCUUUUCCUAGUUCUAAAAGUUAGAAAAGAUAGAAAGUAAGUUAAACCGAGAUUAGAAGUUAAUCUACAUUGGUAGAAAUGGGCAUUAGAGCAACUAUACGGAGUAAAAUAUAUAAUUAUUAACUACUUACGAUUCUUGUUAGAAAUCGUCGACGAGAUAUAUCGUCUGCUGUGACUUUCCAAAGUUUCCUAUCUCGUACAAAGCUCAAAGUAAUGGUACAAAAUGUUUAAGAUGCAAUCUAUCACAUCUUCGUGGGUUGUGUAUGCAAACGAAUUUAGCGCGUCGUAUUAUAGAUUAACGUAAGAGAGAUGCAGUCUUAUGACGCAGCUAAUCUACUGUAUCAAUGUUUAAAAAAUUUAAACUUGAGACACUUAAGACUUUUAUAGAACUGAGUUUAAAAAAAAGAACGAAAGAUGUAUACGAGACUGAAUUUCGCCCAGAGUCUCAACUCCUUAGCGGAUAAUUUAAUUAAUGACAGUUUCUCCACUAAAAGAAAAGAAAAAAUUACAGAGUAACAUAAUG